GUGCCAUGCGGGACGCCGCCGACAGCGAUGAAAGGCCUCCGCGGCUCUCGCUUAGGGUCCCCGAGGGUCAUAUCAGACGUCUUACUACCUCGGAAUACAAAGGGGACCUGCGUUGUCUAACUCUGUAACACUCGACAGGAUGCUGUACUUUCUCCUUACCCCCUUCGUCGAGGUGUACAGGUAUGCCCUGGAACCCGUCGCACCAUUUACUUGGUUCGGGCUCCCAUUCUGCUUGCUGGACGUUGCGGCAGCGCUCCGGACGUGUAUUGCCCUUCGCCAGCUCAGAGAGCAAUUCCACGCACAACACGUCGCGAAAGUAGAAGCCUCUGGAGGCAAGGCCGUUACUAAGGAGGUUCAGGAGAGAUCGUUCCUGAGGGAUGCUAGUGCCACUCUCCUCGUCGUGUUUGGUGGAGAAGCUAUAACAGCACCUGCUCUCGGGAUACCGUGCUCGUUCAUGAUAUCGGGCGCAGGACCAGCGUUGUACUCAGCUAUUCAGGCUGUGGUAAACUGGCUACCAUCGGUCCCCCAGCAGGCACUGCAGGGUGAACUUCCUGUCUCGGUUCUAGACGGCUUUACACGUGCAUUUCUCCUUUGCGACCUCAUACCGCCGAUGAUUGUUGGCCACUCGGUGCAGAAGGUGUCCAAUUCUCCGUGGUCGUUGCUCAUGGCAUCUCUGAUCACCGCAAAUGGCGGUUGGUUUUUCGUGAACCUCUUCUCGUUCCUCCAACCGUACGCUCUGACAGUCACCACGCCACCCGACCUGAUGCCUUUCGGGUGGACCACCACCGACCUCUGGUGUGCUCCUGUCAUCACUGGAUUAUACGCACUCCUCACCCACGCUCAGCCCUUUUGGGCGGACGCACACGCUGUAGCCAUGGGGUGGCUUGGUGCAGCGAUGACUGAGGAAGAGAAGGUACAGCCGGUGGACCCAGAAUAUGCCCGUGCUGCUUGCGCCGCGCUGUUGGCCAUCAUGUUUUCGACGCGCACGCUGAGGAACUUCCGUGCCGCGGCUCACGCGAGGCUAGCGACCUCACCUAAGAUCAAGGUUCAGUAGAGCAUUGUGCGGUGAAUGACUAUACGUUGCACAAGGCUGGAUGAACUAGCUUUGGUUACCUACGGUUCGGUUUAUGGAUCAAGACUUGUCGGUAUAAGGAACUGCCCUCAAGCUAGAUUGUUAUGACAAUGAUAUGGCCGUGCAUUCUACUACGAAUGUGAGCGUAUGGUUGAUAGAUUGUAUCUCGUAUACUUGUAACGUUCGGAUUUAAAGUCAAUGGGCGAACACAACAUUGUAUGGUCUAAUGUU